GAUCGAUCGCGACCUCUUGGCCUGUGGCGCUUCGCGAUUUUUGGCGCCUCCCCCGUGGUUGGGACGUUGGAUGCCAGCCACGGUGUGCACGGUGCAGCCUUCCACCAUGCUGUCUGAGUUUCGAUAUUCCGUGCAAGUUUGGGAUCCACAGGAGCCACAGGACCCACAGGCACCAACUUUCGCCAAGGCAGAAUGCAACGGCACGAGCCUGCAGAAUUGCAUGUGCUCAGUGACUCAAACAGCACUGCGCCGAAAGUCAUAUGUCUUGUUGGACUGGGAGGAGGAUACGGGGAGAAGCAUAUCAGAAUUGCAGACAAGCCAAGCAAUGCUUGUCCUUGGAUCAAGAAGCUUUGCGAAUCUGGAAGGCUUCUCCUUUCACCAUGGCCAGUAUUGGUCGCACCGCAACGCAGUAGCGGGCCAGAUGUGGCAUAGGUACAGCAAGAAAGAGAUUCGAUCCAGCGAGCAGCUUCAGUGCGUUGCCAGCAUCUAUUGCAACUCCUCUGACAACUUUGAUUUGCGGUGCUCGCGGCGAGAAGCCCUUGCACGAUUCAAAGCGCUGGAACGGACGUUGCCAUACCUCUCAACUUUGGUCCAUUGGAAGUUGAUGCUGCCAUUGCUGAUUUUCCUGGCCUGGUUUGCCUGCGUGCUGGCAAGUAUCCUCUUCCGCGGGCUGCAGAUGUUGAUCUUUUGGCCCUUUGGAUGUGUGGCUUAUGCGCUGCUGAGACACGUGGAUACCCCAAUGUUGUCCCUGGGUCACAGCCUGGUGAUGGUGGUGUUUACUGCCAUGCCAGUGGUUUUCGUGAGCUGCAGCUUGGAGUUGCUGUGGCAGAUGUGGAGCGAUGGGGAACAGCUCCAUCCUGAUCUGCAGAGGAUCCUGGAGCUGGAACUGAAUGACUAUCAUUUCCUGUUUUACAUUUGGCUGCUGUGGAGCAGCUACGCAGUGAUCCGGCUCCGUUCCCUCCAAUGUUUCGCGCAUUUGCGAGAGCUGCUGUCCCAACGUGGAGGUCGCAAGGCGCCCAGUGAGGAUGAGGAUUCUCAACCCAGCUGCCGGAUUUGCUUUGGAGGCAGCGAAAGCGGAAGAUUGAUCUCUCCAUGUUUAUGUUCUGGAACCAUGCGAUUUGUGCACAUGGACUGCCUCAACAUGUGGCGCUUUGCAAGUGCAAAUCCUCAAUCCUCGUUUCGAUGCGACCAGUGUCACUUUGAAUACUCAGUGCAGCGAGCACUGUAUGCAAACAUCUUGAGAUCAGCACUGGUCUUACACACCGUCACCUUGGUGGUGUUUGGUGGUGUGGUGAUACUUUGCGCUUACAUUUGCUAUUGCAUCCAUUGGAGCCUCGGUGACGUUUUUUUGGCCUGGGCAGUGCAAAAUUUUGGGGAGCCACUGAGGUUUCACCAUGGUGAUGGGGACUACCAGCUCUUCUCUGACAACUUCAUGGAGCAAGUGACCAACGUCAGUGGUAUUCAAGAGGAAGACAAGGAGGAGUUGUUGCGCAUCAUCAUGCGAAUGAACGAAUGGAUGAUUUGUGGAAUUCCAUUCGUCCACCUGAUGCAUGGCCUGACCAUGGUUGGUAUGAGCGGAUGUAACUCCCUGGGCUUCUUCCUAACUCAGCAGGCGACGUCCACAGGAGAUUCCAACCCUUUGCCGGUGAUUUCGGCGGUGAUGAUCAUUGCCGGCCUCUUCCGCGUCUUCUACUCCCUGUAUCGCUUUUUGAAGCUCCUGUCCGGCAAGGUCCUGGAAUCUGCUGAGGGGAUGAUCCUGGACAUUCGCGCUGCGGACGAUGCAGCAGCCAGGACGGCCCCUGAAGCCGCACCUGCACCGGCAGCCAUGGAAGGCGCGCCAGCGGCUCCACCUGCACCACCUGCACCGGAAGGGGCUGAGGAAAGGACGGCAUUUGAGACCUUCCUUGAUGAUGUUGAUGGCUUGGAAGGCUUGGAAGGCUUGGAUGAUGGGGAUCAUGACUAGGAUUGGCUGCCUUGGGGCUGAAGUUGAUUGCCGAAAUCAGGGCCGGCAGCUUGGCCCCAGGCAGUUUGUAAAAGUGGCGGGCCACAGCUCAAGCCCAUGGUGUGUCUAGCUACAGUGCACUGCUGUCCACCAAAAAGGAUGGACUAUUUUCCAGCAAAGACUGCGAGCCAGUGGCUACAGUGGCUCCUCACCGCUUUGGGCCUCUUUGGGCUUGAAAA